AUGCCUGUACAAGCUCCACAAUGGACGGAUUUUCUGUCCUGCCCAAUUUGCACACAGACUUUCGACGAAACAAUCCGGAAGCCCAUCAGCUUGGGUUGCGGCCACACGGUCUGCAAGAUGUGCCUCAACAAGCUCCACCGUAAGGCAUGCCCUUUUGACCAGACCACUAUCAAUACAGACAUUGAACUCCUUCCUGUGAACUCAGCCUUGCUGCAGCUAGUGGGUGCUCAGGUUCCUGAGCAGCAGCCGAUUACUUUAUGUAGUGGAGCUGAAGAUACCAAGCAUUAUGAGGAGGGCAAGAAAUGCGUGGAAGAAUUAGCAUUGUACCUCAAACCACUCAGCAGCGCGAGAGGUGUGGGUCUUAACAGUACUACUCAGAGCGUACUAAGUCGUCCCAUGCAAAGGAAACUUGUGACAUUAGUUCAUUGCCAGCUGGUGGAGGAAGAAGGGCGGAUCAGAGCUAUGCGUGCAGCACGGUCUCUUGGUGAAAGAACAGUCACAGAGCUCAUUCUGCAGCAUCAAAAUCCUCAGCAGCUCUCUUCCAACCUCUGGGCUGCAGUGAGAGCCAGAGGGUGUCAAUUCCUCGGACCGGCAAUGCAAGAGGAGGCUUUAAAGCUGGUUCUACUGGCGCUGGAAGAUGGAUCUGCUUUGUCACGAAAGGUCUUGGUUCUCUUUGUGGUUCAGAGGCUGGAGCCGCGAUUUCCUCAGGCUUCAAAAACCAGCAUUGGGCAUGUUGUCCAGCUUCUUUACAGAGCUUCGUGCUUCAAGGUGACAAAGCGAGAUGAGGAUUCCUCCCUGAUGCAACUGAAGGAGGAAUUUCGGACUUAUGAAGCUCUGAGAAGGGAACAUGAUUCCCAGAUAGUUCAAAUUGCUAUGGAAGCAGGUUUGCGCAUUGCACCAGAUCAGUGGUCCUCGCUGUUAUACGGAGACCAGUCUCACAAAUCCCACAUGCAGUCUAUCAUUGACAAGUUGCAGACCCCAGCCUCGUUUGCACAGAGUGUUCAGGAAUUAACUAUUGCUCUUCAGAGGACUGGAGAUCCAGCUAACCUGAAUCGUCUUCGACCUCACCUAGAGCUCCUGGCAAAUAUUGAUCCCAGUCCGGAUGCUCCACCUCCGACAUGGGAACAACUGGAAAAUGGACUAGUUGCUGUGAGGACUGUGGUUCAUGGCUUAGUUGAUUAUAUCCAGAAUCACAGCAAGAAAGGAACAGAUCAGCAACAGCCUCCUCAGCACAGCAAGUACAAGACAUACAUGUGCCGAGACAUGAAACAGAGAGGAGGAUGCCCCCGAGGGGCCAGCUGCACCUUUGCACAUUCACAGGAGGAGCUGGAAAAAUUCCGUAAAAUGAACAAGCGUCUGGUUCCCAGAAGACCCUUGAGUGCAUCCCUGGGCCAGCUGAAUGAGGUGGGCCUGCCUUCAGGAGCCAUCCUCUCGGAGGAAGGGGGAGUGGACUUGCCCAGUAGGAAGACUUCUGCUCUGCCAAAUGGAAUCGUGUCAACAGGCAGCACGGUGACGCAGCUUAUUUCUCGAGGGACUGACUCCAGUUACGAAACUGCUCUGAAGCCAGGGAAGAUGGAUCAUCUGAGUAGCAGUGCCCCUGGAUCUCCUCCUGACUUGCUGGAAUCUGCUCCCAAGAGCUCUAUUUCUGCCUUACCAGUGAGUCCUCAUCCUGUACCCACUCGGGCACCAGCAGAUCUGCCUUCAGUGUCUGUCACCAAGCAGCUGCAGAUGGUACCACGAGGGUCUCAGCUGUACAAUACUCAGCAAGCAGAUAUGUUUUAUCAAGACCCUAGAGGAGCUGCCCCACCAUUUGAGCCAGCACCCUACCAGCAAGGAGUUUACUAUUCCACUCAGUCCAUGUCUCGCUUUGUCCGACCUCCUCCAUCAGCUCCUGAACCUGGUCCGCCUUAUUUAGACCAUUACCCACCCUACCUUCAGGACCGUGUGGUGAGCCCACAGUACACACAGCCGCAGCAGUAUCCUCCCAUGGGACAACCCAUAUACCCGCCGCACUACGACACCCGUCGUGUCUAUCCCCCUGUCCAGCCGUAUCAGCGAGAGGAGAUUGUCCGAGGAAGCCCUGUGCCCAUCGAAAUUCCGCAGGCAGCUGUACCUUCUUACGUACCUGAAUCCAGAGACAGAUACCAGCAAACAGAGGGUUAUUGCCCGGUGGCUCCACACCUCAGUCAGAUCCGACCUUCAUGCCACAGGCCUCAUCCCAGCCUGGAUGAACUUCACCGACGAAGAAAAGAGAUCAUGGCCCAGCUAGAAGAGAGGAAGGUGAUUUCUCCACCUCCUUUUGCACCGUCACCAACCUUGCCUCAUCCUUUUCAUUCAGAGGAGUACUUGGAUGAAGACUUGAAGGUAGCUGGGAAAUACAAAGGAAAUGACUACAGCCAGUACUCUCCCUGGUCCUGUGACACCAUCGGCUCCUACAUUGGAACCAAAGAUGCAAAACCCAAAGACGUUGUGGCAGCAAGGAGUGUGGAGAUGGCGAAUGUAGAUAGUAAAGCCAUGCGUGACCAGCGAUUAGACAUGCAGCGAAGAGCCGCAGAGACUGGUGAUGAUGACCUCAUUCCAUUUGGAGACCGACCAACUGUGUCGAGAUUUGGGGCUAUCUCUCGUACUUCCAAAGCGAUGUACCAGAAUUCUGGUCCCAUGCAGGCCAUGGCGGUUCAGGGAGCUACCACCAAAUCAAUCAUUUCAGACUACAAUCCUUAUGGAACUCACGGUGGCUGGGGAGGCUCUCCAUAUUCUCCUCAUCAAAAUAUACCUUCUCAGGGACGUUUCAAUGACAGGGAGAGACUGUCCAUGUCAGAUGUGGCUGGUCAUGGGAAACAGUUGCCUUCAGCUGAACGAGAGCAGCAGCUGCGCCUGGAGCUGCAGCAAGUAGAGUGAAGGGUGGGAUGGAGAGAGAUGAAGCUAGUAAAGCUGCUUUUCGCUGUUAGUAACAGGCUGCUGUUGCAGAGGGGGGCGACUACCCUGGCAGGCCAACCACAGCCCCCACCCCCACCUCCCAAGUGGCCUGGGAUGAUCUCAAGUGAACAGCUGAGCUUGGAGCUACACCAGGUGGAAAGGGAAAUUGGGAAGAGAACCCGGGAGCUGAGCAUGGAGAGCCAGUCUUCACUGGAUAUAAAAAACAAACUGGGCACCACUAAACAGACAGAAAAUGGACAAUUAGAACCGCAAAGCAAGGUUCCAGCUGAGGACCUCGCACUGACGUUCAGCAGUGAUGUUCCGAAUGGAUCAGCCUUGACACAAGAGAACAUUGGCCUCCUGUCAAACAAGACGGCAUCUCUCAGCCUGUCAGAGGACCCCGAGGGAGCAGGAGACAGCCACGACUCGCAGAGAGCGGGAGUUACGCCUACGUCUGCUCCAUGAAGUGAGGCCGACGUACCCCAGAGUUCCUUUUGCUGGGGUGUUGGUGGCUUCCAUCGUGUUUUUUUCCAGGGGUGAUUGGAGAAACUCAAGAGCAACAGCAGUAGCAGAGCAGCAGGUCCAGAGGCAAUGUGCACGAACACAACUACUAGAAACAAAUCCUGCACAUAGUUCACAUUAACGCAUUUUUUAAUUAAAAAAAUAAAAAUUAGCAGUAUCUGCAAGCAAUUCAAAUUAAAUUUGUUUUUGUUCUGUGAAUGAACUUUAUUUUAAUAACUUUGGACGCCUUGGAUCCCAGGGCUUAAAAAAUAAGAUAUUAUAUAUAUACUCUGUUUGAUUAAUUGUAUGAUCUUAAUGAAGUA